UGUCUUCCGGGUGCAGCGCCUGGAUCACUAUUUGGCAGCGCAAAAGGGGAGGGGCUCCGCGGUGGAAUUCGGGUUGCCUGUAAACGGAGGCUGAGACGGUGGGAAACAGGAGGCGAGAUUAACUGGCGACCUGCAUCUUAUCAAUACUCCGGGCUGGAAUCCCACCUGGUCCACCGGUGGUGUGGACACGGCAGUGAGGGGCCUCGACCUGCACGGUGGGGGCCGUGUUUUCUCCCCUCCCUCACCCCAGUUCAAGCAGCUUUGCUGCCCACCCAAAUCCAGAUGAAUGAAGACUCCCUUUGGGAAGACGGCUGGCCAGAGACCCAGAGCUGAUUCAGGUCAUGCAGGUGUAUCUGCAAACAUGAUGAAAAAGAAAAAUUCCCACAAGAAACAGAGGAGCAAUGUUGGGCCCAGCAAGCUGGUGUCCCAGCCCAGGAGGAACAUUGUGGGUUGCCGGAUUCAACACAUCUGGAAAGAGGGCAGCAAUUCCCCGACACAGUGGAAAGGGACAGUCUUGGACCAGGUGCCCGUGAACCCCUCGCUCUACCUGAUCAAGUAUGAUGGGUUCGACUGCGUCUAUGGGCUCGAACUUCAUAAGGAUGAACGCGUGCAAAAUCUUGAGGUCUUACCGGACCGAAUCGCCUCUUCCCGGAUCAGCGACGUGCACCUGGCCGACAGCAUGAUCGGCAAAGCCGUUGAGCACAUGUUUGAGACGGAGGAAGGCUCGAAGGACGAGUGGAGGGGCAUGGUGCUGGCUCGGGCACCCAUCAUGAACACAUGGUUUUAUAUUACUUACGAGAAGGACCCCGUUUUAUACAUGUACCAGCUCUUAGACGACUACAAGGAGGGCGACCUGCGGAUAAUGCCCGACUCAAAUGACUCCCCCCCCGCUGAGAGGGAACCUGGAGAAGUGGUUGAUAGUCUGGUUGGAAAGCAGGUGGAGUACGCCAAAGAAGAUGGCACCAAAAGGACUGGAAUGGUCAUCCAUCAGGUCGAGGCCAAACCAUCAGUGUAUUUCAUUAAGUUUGACGACGACUUCCACAUCUACGUUUACGAUUUGGUAAAAACGUCUUAAGGGUCAGAUCUGUCGGAAGCAAGGUGGGGGGGGGGGGGAAGGGGGAGGAGUCCGUGGUGGAGAUAUACUUGGAACCUUCAAGACUUUGCCAAAUCUUUUUCGAUCGUCGACAAGUAGAGACGAGUUGGGCGAUCUGUUCGGGGGCCCCUUCGCCCGGGGGGGGGCCUUUCUGCAGAUGCCCUUUGCCGUUUCCAGCAGGGACACAUCUGCACUACUUCCUCAGCCCUGCACCAUGUCACCGCGUCACAGGGAGGACACAGUGGAAUUCGUGACAAAAAAAAUUGAAAGGAUGUAACAUCUUUCUGUAAUACGUUUGCUUACACUUUAGAUAGUUAAAGGAGAAUAUAACAUAUAUCCUCAAAAGAUAUAAAGGAUUAUACACAUGCUAAUUGCAGUAUAACUGAAGGCAUACAAAUCAUAGAUUCAGCCCUCAGAAAAUCCAUCCGAGCUGUUAAAAAUUUGAAUUUUGGUCUGAGAUCGGACUGUUCUCCGGAGGAGAUCAUUUCUGCACGCUUCACAAGCUCAGUUAGCAGUAUUUACAGUGUCUGUAUUUGAAGAUUCAAAAACCGGGACACUGUGGCGUUUGUUAAACAUCACUGAAUGGUCCCUUCGUUUUUGAAUGCAGUUGUUGUUAUGAAUAUUACUGUUAUUUAAAAAUACAGUUACUUGUUAAAAAGAUCUGUAAUUUCUAUUAACAUGUAACACAUUUUUUUGCAGCAUAGCCUUUUUUUUCUUUUUUUUUAAAUCAGAUUUCAUUUUAAAUAUUUUAUUUGCUGUUCCUGAUUACAUUUUAUAUAUUAUAGGGAUGCAGACAACACAUAUGUUAUCUCUGAACACUGCGUUCAGUAAUUUGCCCUCCUCUGUAAAACUUACAAUCUGUUGCUAAGCUGCACAACUGAGAGCAAGAAAGUUCCCAGAGAAAAAAAACGUUAUAAAUUACAAAGUGUUACUACAGCAGCAGCCCUUGCAAAGUAUUGUCCAGUGCUGCCUCAUUACAGCAACGGGAAGGGUUUCUCCGUUCUGUGGCUGCCUGAUUUAAUUUAAGCCUUAAGGCAUAUGCCUCAGUGUUUGCUGAAACCACAAUACUAUAUUAUUUGCAAUCGCUGUCUUUUAUGAGUAACUUGUGGCUUCUUGGAAAUGUUGUAAUGUCUUUCUGUGUUAAUUUAAGCACUAAAUUUCCCUGUUGUACGUUGCAUUUUUACUUAAUGGAGAAUUCCAGUUCAGAUUCUAUAGUUUGAUGUGUUGGAUGAUGAUUAAAGCUGAUGUUUUCAAUUACGGGCCAGUUCCGGAUCCAUGUUGGAGCUGGAAAGGUAUAUUUAUGGUCUUUGAAGUCGGGUUUACAGUGGCCAUCAGUAAUACAUCGAUAGUAAAGUAUUCCCUCCCCAUUAUCAGUAAAUUGCUGACAGUAACAUAUAACCAACCACAUUUACUUGUAAAUUGUAGUUUUUCUUGCAGAUACAGUGACUUGUGAAAAGAAAAACCCAGUUAUCCUUCUAAAAUGCAUUUAAAUGUGUGAUUUAUACAUGAUUCAUCAACUGGCUCCAGACAAAUAGGUUGCACGUUCAGACCCGAUGAACUUCUGGCUCAUGAAGUCCUUUCUGAAAUAUUUCGCCGUGGGAAGAGGCGUCCACAGGCUACUCUUUAUUUCCAGUAAAAACACCCUUCACGUAAACUCAAUACAUAUCUAGAUGUAAUUCAUUGGUCUACUGUAAAACUCAUUUGCAUAAAAAACAAAUGCGUAGAAUUCAAAUGCGUGAUCCAGCCCAGAUUUAAUCCAGAAGCGUUCAGAAUCCUAUCAGGAUUGUAUUCUUUACCAGGGACCCGCUCUGUGUGAUGGAACCGGCCUGAAAUUGUAGCUUGUUUGCAUAAUGUGCAGCGUUUCGAUAAAUAGAUGAAGACCGGAGUUCUCUUCCAAUAAAGUGUUUUUGGUCAUAUAAA